AUGCUGAAGCUCAGCGGCAGCACCCUUCCGGUCCUGCGCCGAGCAAGCGGGGGGAUCCGGAGGUCUCUUCCAUCCAGCCUAUAUGUCCCAGCUGCCGCCGCCUGCCUGCCGCUGCCCACCACCUGUGGCGGCGGGCCCCGGACGCGGCAGGGACAAGCCCGCCCGUCCUCGUCCAGUUCCCGCUGGAAGGCGAGGCAGGAGAGCGACCAGUAUGCCCGGGAGGCCAAGGUCAAGGACCUGAAGAGUCGGGCAGCUUUCAAGCUCUUGCAGAUUGAUAGAAAGUACAAGCUGUUCAAGAAAGGGUCGCUGGUCCUCGAUCUGGGGUACGCUCCGGGGAGCUGGUGCCAGGUCGCCAUGGAGCUGACCAAGCCGACGGGCCGCGUGCUCGGCGUCGACCUCAUCCCCGCGCAGCCGCCCAGGGGCGUGGGCACCCUCCAGGGCAACUUCCUGUCCCCGACGGUGCGCCGCAUGACCAAGCAGCUGAUCGCCGAGAUGCACCACCGCCAGGUCGAGGACAAGGCGGCGGCGCGCCGGACUGGCGACGGCGCCGACGACGACAACGUCGUCGCGGACCGGCCUAGCUACAUCGACAUGGAGCACCGCGCCUCAAAGUUGGAGGAGGCAGUAGAGCCGGCCCAGGAGGCCGAGUCCUCGCCGUCCUCGUCACCCUCGGCCGCGUCCGCGGGCCAGAGCCGAGGGGGAAGGGGGGAGGAGGGAGAAGCCGAGGCACCUGCUGCCACCACCAAGCCCGAAGAGAAGAAAUAUUUGGAUAUAGUACUGAGCGACAUGUCAGAGCCUUGGCCCCAGACCUCCGGAUUCCGGGUGAACACACUUAGUAAUCCCUAUCGCAGGCUGAUGAACACGAGCGGGAUACCCUUCCGAGACCACGCGGGGAGCAUGGACCUCUGCACUGCGGCCCUGGACUUUGCCAACGAAACCUUGAGGCCCGGCGGCCACUUUGUCUGCAAGUUCUACCAAGGCGCCGAGGACAGGGACCUGGAGAGGAGGCUCAAGAAGCUCUUCUUGAAGGUUUACCGCGAAAAGCCCGAAUCUUCAAGAGAUGAAUCCAAGGAGAUGUAUUUUGUGGCUAUGAACAGGAGGCCGAAAGUCAACCUUCGCGAGACUGGGGGUGCUUGA